AUGACAUUUACAAUGACAAGAGAGAACUACAUACCGGAUAUUCGAUCUUUAGUGUUCGAUUUCCAGUCCUUUUCCAGUACUUAUGCGCUCGCUCGAUCAAAAAUGAUUUGUACUAACCUAUGUGAAGCAACAAAAUACCAUAAAAAAGAAAAAAUCAUAAAGAAUCAUAACACACAGUACUUACCACUGAUGAAGACUUGA